UACCAACGUUUCCGUUAUCUCUUUUUUAUCUUUGACAAAAGCUAAAUAUUUCAUUUAUUAAACUAAGUGAAAACAAUCCAGGACAAUGGACUAUUUGAUAGUAAAAUUAUUUCUGUUCGCAGCAGUUGUUUCUUUGGUUAAUGGACAAACAGACAGAAAUUGUACGAGUACAUCUUCAACCGGAAAGCACUUCAUGAUUGCGGUGCCAGAAAGUAGCACCAGACCAGAUAAAAUUGUUUUUCACAUAACCUCUGCUGUAAACAAGACAAAAUGCACCAUCAAAGCACCGGAUGUACAUUUUGUUCAAACCUACACCUUUGAAAGUUAUAUCCAAGUUAACUUGUCCUACAGAAUAAUGCAAGUUUCUUCUUCAUCGUCCUUGACCGAUAGAAAAGGAAUAAAAAUAAGUUGUGACCAUGCAUGCGCUGUACAUGUUUUACCACACAGUUCCAAUGAUGCAGUGGAAGGUUUUCUUGCACUUCCGGUUAACGCCUUAGGUACAAGAUAUGUUAUUUCAUCUUACACACCGUACACAUCCAAUACACCUAGCGAAUUUGUAAUAGCAGUUGUUGAAAAUAAUACAAGAAUCCAACUGUCUAAGAAAAUAUACUAUAACGGAUAUAGCAAUAGUUCUUUAACAUUGAACGAAUUCGACACAUAUAUUUACAAGAACUCACGUGACCUGAGCGAUUCAGUGAUUUCUAGUGAUAAACCUAUAUCCGUCUUCUCAGCGUCUAGCGCUAGCCAAGUGCCCCAUGGCACAGGAGAUUAUCAAUACAUCGUGGAACAGAUGAUUCCAACCGAGUUUUGGGCGAAGACCUAUAUUGUUCCACACAUUUAUCCUAGAAAGUAUAGUAUGUAUCGUAUUUAUGGUACUGAGUACAAUACAUCAAUAACACGUCACAACGGUAACAUCACCGGAUCUACUGUAAUUACCUCAAAGCAUUUUGAAAACAUGGCGUCUGAUACAACUGUGAUUAAAGCUGAUAAAGCUAUCAGUGUAAUACAAUAUGGUUAUGAUGAUGAUGAUAUGGAUGGGGACCCGUUCAUGACGACAGUUCAAGCAGUAUCACAAUUUCAAAACUCUUACGAAUUUGUGACAGAUUUUGAUAAAAUGAAUACUAUACCAUGGCCGGUCACACUUGUUAUUACCGCUCGUACUACAGACAUUUCCGAAAUAUUUCUGGACGGAAGUAACUCGUACAUUCAAGCACAUAGUCACAUUAUGUCUGUACCUCCACCCAUGGAUGACUUCAAUGUUUACUACAUCAACAUGACUUAUAAAGUCUUUGGCAGUUUCCAUACAUUACGCCACGCAUCCGGGAAGCCAUUUGGUGCAACUAUCUACAGUUUACCAGGAACUGCUGCUGCCUAUGGAUAUCCUUUACAGUUUGCCCUGAAAGAUCAAGUUUGUCAAAUUCCAACAACCACGUCAACAACAACUACGACGACGACGACAACAACAACAACAACAACUACUACAACGACCUCACCUCCGACAACAAAGCCAACGACGACGACGAUGACAACAACAGCGGUUUUUGCAACAACAACAUCGAAAACACAAAUUACUUAUAAUACUACACAAAGCACAGGCGGAAUCCAGUGUUUUGACUGUCGUGACAUUCCACAUCUAAGAUAUUGUGACAAAGUAAGCAGGUGCUCAGGAAAUGAGGUUUGUUACGUUGAGAGCUACACAAAACCUCAUGGGCAAAAAAUGUUCAGGUCUGGAUGUAUAGACAAGGGGGGAUGUCAACCAUUGAGUGGAACAAACGACUGCCUACAGUGUUGUGAAUCUAGAGACUUCUGUAACAUGGAUGGUUGUGAAGAAGAAGCUCAAAGUUCAAUAAGUUCAGGGACUCGUGGGCCGUAUUGUUACGACUGUUCACAUAUCGGAGAGAAUGAAAAAUGCACAUCCGUUCAAAUGUGUCCAUCCGACCAGGUGUGCAUGAUAGAGAAGUACGCAUGGGGAAACAAUGACUUCAACUACGUUAUGGGAUGUAUACGUCCACAUGUUUGCGAAGCAAAGAAACGCUCAGUGUUAGACCGGAAGUUGACAGCUCGCCACGCUCCAGUUUGUACACAUUGCUGCUCCACUGAUUUCUGCAACCAAAAUUGCACGCAUCAUUACAGUCCAGGACUUAUUGGUUAACAGAGCAUUUUGCAAUUAACUUGCCAUCGAUUUGUCUUACUGUUAGUGGUUGAGUGUCGACUUAAAUAAAAUGUAACAAGAAAA